UCUGCCACGACCAACCUCUGUUGUAAAUCUUCCUCCCAGAACACGUGACGAUGCAUUUCUUGACUAUAUAUCCCAAGGGCAGAAGCAGAGUUGUCAGAGCGCGGAGCCCCGCAGAGAGGAAGGACGCCCUCAGACUUGGCCAUUUAGCAACGCAGGACUUCGGAAGAAUUUGCCAGCCGUGGACCCUGGCUGUGUGCGUGGCGCUUCAAUGCUGAAGAUGGAGCCUCUGAACAGCACGCACCCCAGCACCGCAGCCCCCAGCAGCCACCUGGUGUCCCACGUGCCCGGCAGUGAGAGCGGCAACGGCAACGAAUACUUCUACGUUCUGGUGGUCAUGUCCUUCUACGGCAUUUUCUUGAUCGGAAUCAUGCUGGGCUAUAUGAAAUCUAAGAGGCGGGAGAAGAAGUCCAGCCUCCUGCUGCUGUACAAAGAUGAGGAGAGGCUCUGGGGGGAGGCCAUGAAGCCGCUGCCCAUGGUGUCGGGCCUGAGGUCGGUGCAGGUGCCCAUGAUGCUGAACAUGCUGCAGGAGAGUGUGGCGCCUGCCCUGUCCUGUACCCUCUGCUCCAUGGAAGGAGACAGCGUGAGCUCCGAGUCCUCCUCCCCAGACGUGCACCUCACCAUCCAGGAGGAGGGGGCAGAUGAUGAGCUGGGGGAGACUUCAGAGACGCUCCUCAACGAAAGCAGCGAAGGGUCCUCAGAGAACAUCCAUCAGAAUUCCUAGCACCCCCAGGGCCCCUGGAGGCGGCCCCAUCAGCCAGCACCCUUAGAGAGAGGAAGGACACUUCUCGUGUCCGGUUUCACUUUUACAGGGCAGCUGUCACUUUAAAGAGACCGUUGGCGAGCCCCUGCGUGGGGGCGGUGGGGGACAAGACUCCACUGGAGUCAGCAGCCAGGAGUCUACGCCAGGCCUGUGGUGCAGACCUGCCACUGAAAAGCCCCGAAGAUGUGCAGUGUGCACCUUGACUUUGGGGCCUGGGGCUUGGGGUUCCAGUUCCGAAUUCGGCAGGUUGCUGUGCUUGCUGUUGUUUUCUCGCUGGAUGCCCUGGGUAACCCCUGGGGCAUCUGCCCACUCCCAGGGCUGCCCAAUGCCUAGAACAUGCAGAGGGACUGGUUCUGAUCUGCUAAUCUGCCUAGAGCUUUGCUCUAGAUCUGAUGGGCUGUAAGUACCCCUACGGUGUUCCCAGCAGGUUACAGAGCUUCCUUUGGAGGUUUUUUUGGGUUAGAGGGGGAUGUCUGAUGGAGGGUUUUUGAUGGCAGAAAGCUGGAGAGUCAAACCUGGUUCUUUUGCAUAAUAUUGUAAAAAAAAAAAAAGCAACUUUGACAACCUGUUAACAUUAGCUGGGAUUAUAAAACAGAAUCUGUUAUUUUGAGGCUUUGUCUAACCUAUGACCCUGGACUCUGACCUCAGACCAUCCAGCAUCGCAUGCUGGCAUGACGUUUUCUUGGUUGGAACGGCUUCUCCAGAAUCGAACCUGCACUCUGAAUAGCUGUGCAGGGGACUCUUCCUGAUCUUUCUAGAAGGGGUGAUGGUGGGGUUGAACAAGGCCAAGCCAUUAGCUCUGCUGCUGCUUUUUUUCCAGCCUAGUUUUCUGAGCUGGGAGCUGACAUAAAGUGGGCCUCCACGAUAUGGCAUUUUGUCGCGUAGCCGAGACCUAGAAGGGCAUACUCAGGUGGAGUUGUACAAAGCGGGGGUCCAGGUUCUGUUUUCCGAUCCCGAGCCCUGACACUGAUAUGCUGUGUGGUCCCGGGCGUGUCAUCAAGAGGCUUACUGCCUUUAUGAGACUCCUGAAUCUACAACCCCAGGGGGCUGGGAGGAUGUCUUUGGAUUUUAAGACUCUGUGAUAAAUCCUGUAUGGCCUGGUGUGAGGAAGCUUGGACAAAAUAUUUCCCACUUGGCCAGUUAGUCUGAGAACAGAUCUGCUUAUUUAAAGUUGCAGUUGGAGACUCAGAACACAUGUAACUGGGAAAUUCAGGACGAAUCACCACCCCGUUCAUGCUGUCAUUUUCCCGGCAGUGAACUAGGGAGGCAGGUAUCACAUUUUACUCUGCAAAGUUCCCUGGGUAGUAGAAUGUUAAUACUUCAGCCGAGAAACCAGAAAUCUAAAAGCAAAUGUUCAGGAAUGCUUGCUAAUAUCUCCGUGUAUUCCUGCGGUCAGUAGCUUUGUAACAGACCCAUUAGGCCCUUAAAGGCAAGCAGGAAGAGAAACACACCAAAAGGUCAAAUUUAAUUCUAGUAAAAACAAAAAAAAAAAAAAAUUUUUUUUUUUUUUUAAACAUGCUCUUCCUUGAUUGAAGAUAGCAGUAACUACUGUUCCCAUAAGGGUUAAUAGUAGAUGAGCUGGUUUAUCAGUUUGCCCUCACACAGUGCUAGAGGACAUUUAUGUUUUGGGGGAAAAGGGCCCUCCGUUCACUUUAAAAUUCAGAGUGUGGAUUUACUCCAAAGGGGGCUGUUUGAGGUGAAAGAAGCCAAGUUCAGUUUGGCCCCUUGCCUGGAAUCACUUGAAUUCUGAAGCUUUACUGCGAGGGACAUGUGCGUUGUCACAUUUUCCAUUGCUUAAUCCUGAAGUUUGGUGCAAGUCUAUCUGCGCCUGUUAAAAAAGUGAUGUAUAUACUUCCUUCUUAUUCUAUUAAGUUGUAUAAAAUCGUCUUCUGUAUUUAACAGUUUGUAAUUUUCACACUAUUUUUUAAUUUAAAUAAACAAACACAUUUUCCC